UUUUCCUGCACCUGGUGGUCUGGAGAGCAGAAUGCUGGGAGAACAGCAGCCAACAAACAAAUCCUCCCUUUCAUGCUCCGUAGAUGAGUGGCACAUAGGCUGUGUCAAGCAAUUACAGGAGGCAAAGGCCAGCAGUGGCUCUGCCCUCUGUAGGCAGGAAAACCUCGUUUCCUGCAGCCCAGGUGCUCACCUGCUGCACAUCCCUGAGCUGGAUGCCUCCCAUCCUUUGCAGUGCACAGAUCUGCCUGGGGCACAUCGUGCUGCUGGAGAGCAGCUCAGUGUCUGUGGAGAUGCAGCAGUCAGUGCUGGCAAAAGAAGUGAUACUGCCCCUGCAGAGAUCUCUGAUUUCCAGCCCAGGAGACAGUGUCAGGGCUUUUGUUAGGGGAUGGGAGGCUCUAGGGACUGCACUGGGAGAGGACAGAUGGGAGUGAGCAGGAGCUCCACACAUCUCCUGGGUCUGCAGGGUGACCUCCUACCCUGUCUGGCAUAUCCUGUAUGGCAUGGCAGAAGGGUGCUCCUGCAGUCUGGGGCUGAUUUACGCCAGUAAACCCUGCACGAUGCCCCCCAUCACAUUCCAGGACCUGCCACUCAACAUCUACAUGGUCAUUUUCGGCACCGGCAUCUUUGUCUUCGUGCUCAGCCUCAUCUUCUGCUGCUACUUCAUCAGCAAACUGCGGCACCAGGCACAGAGUGAGAGAUUUGGGUACAAGGAGGUGGUUUUGAAAGGCGAUGCCCGGAGGCUGAAUGUGCAUGGGACCUGUGCCGUCUGUCUGGAGGACUUCAAGGUGAAGGAGGAGCUGGGGGUGCUGCCAUGCCAGCACGCUUUCCACCGAAAGUGCCUGGUGAAGUGGCUGGAGGUGCGCUGCGUGUGCCCCAUGUGCAACAAACCCAUGGCAGGUCCAGCCCAACCCCACGCCAGCAUCGGCACUCUGCUGGAUGAGAUGGUGUGAGCGGCCCCGCUGGUUUUCACAGGAAAAUGAAAGCUUAAUCCUGAAGGAUUUCGGGUUUGUGAGCCGGGAUUUGGCUCACGGUGCGUCGCUUUGUUUCGGGGGGUGUUUGUUUGUACCCCAAUGUGCUCUGCAGGGACCGCCUGGGGGGAGCGUGGGGCACAGCUGUGAGCGCUGCUCCCUGCUCAGAGCGUUCUGUACCCCAGCCCUCCGGACUCUCAGCCUCCCCACUUUUGGGGGAGAAGUGUACAGGUUUGCAUAAAACAGAUUAAACGGAUGUUUGUCA